AUGCGUUACCCCUCAAAAAAGAAAAAGAAAAACACUUGCGUUGGCAAAACAGAUCAGGCCGCCGCCCCUCGCCGUCUUGGAUCUCCACCCACCGCCUCCUUCUCGCCGUCUUGGAUCUCCACCCACCGCCUCCUUCUCGUCCAGCCACCGCCUCCUUCUACCUGGGCCGCCGUGCUCUCCUCCCAGGGCUUCGUCGACCGCCACCUCCGCCUCGCCAACCGCUGCGGCUCCCCCAGGCUCUUCAUCCUCCCGGAGUUCAACUCGAGAGACACCACGGUGCACGCCUGGUCGCCCGGCAGCCCCCUCGCACCCGUCCUCCGCGACGACCGCCUCCGCCACGUCAGCGCCGUCACCGGCCAGUGCCGCGGCCUCGUCGUCCUGGAGGCAGACAGGCCCACCACCAUCAUCCGUGACCCCAACGACCCCGACGACCGUGUGUACUCGUACAAGGUGAACCACUACGUGUGGAACCCCUCCACCGGCCAGAUCACGGCGCUCCCCAAGGCCAACGACUCGUUUGGUAGCUGGCCGCACCACCAUGACAACUUGGGGAUUGGCUACGACACACGCAUCCGCACCACCACCAUGAUAUCUGGGUGCACCACCAUGGUGGUAGCUGGCCGCACCACCAUGAUAUCUGGGUGCUACGUGACCACCAGGCGGGCGCUUGGGAUCUCUAUUGCCGCAUUGACCUGGACACGCCACCGCUGUCAGACACUCAGUUGAUGCGAUCCUGCUCUAUCGUCCCAAUUGGCAGUGUUGAUGAUGGCAGCCGCCUGCUGCUCAGACCGGAUCCUCAUUGGAACAACACAGACAAUUUGAAAUCCCACCAGAUUUUCAUGUACAGACCUGCGGACGGAGAUGUUGAGGACCUUCUCACAGGAGGCGGCAUAAUUACUCACCACACUGUGGCCCGAAGAGUUGUGGCACCAUAUAAGGAAAGCCUUGAGUCCACCGGACCGUGAUACUAAAUUACAAUCAUGAAGACGAUGACCAUAUGGCACAAGCAGCAGCUAGUUACAAUUGACGGUGGUUGGGGACGGAUUGGACAGUGGCAGGGCUAUUGAUUCCAUUGGCCGUCGAUGAUGCGGGUCAGAUCUUACUCGAUACUGGAAGGGCGCUGGGUACUUUGAUCUAAGAAACCAGGUAGUGGAGACCAUCCUUUUGACUAACAGUUGGUUGGUCAGCGACUUCUCAGGUUUCUUCUGUGCUGCAUCAUGCAUGGACAACUUAGUUCGUUUGUAUGAUCGGCAACUUCUGUACUACAGAACUAAUUUUGUCUAAUUUAUGCAA